UUAAACAUGCUCGGAAGGACAUAGACAAACCCACGUCCUCUACAAUUUUCCCUCCUCCUCCUCCUCCUCCUCCUCUCUCUCUCAUCUCUGACUGGAAAUGGAAUGGGUUUUACCCCAUCUUCCUCAUGAGCUCAUCUUCAACAUACUCUCAAGACUACCCGUCAAGUCUCUAUGCCGUUUCAAAAGGGUUUCCAAGCCAUGGCUCGCUCUAAUCACCGACCCCCACUUCAUCAAAUCUCACCUCAAUCAUCAAUCCACGAAAGACAACAAAACCCAGAAGCUAAUACUCGCCGUGGAGUGGACUCGUUUCUCUCCCCGUGUCUACUCUGUUGAUUACCAAGCACCGGACCCCACCGUAUUCGAGCUCGAACUACCCAAUAGGCGGCCCGUGGUUAAAAUUCUGGGUUCACUUUAUGGUAUCUUACUCAUACUCACCGGUAAAUACUUACGCCUAUGGAACCCAUCAAUUAAAAUGUUCCGGAAAUUUUCACCACCUAUGGAACCAGAAGGGGAUGAGCUGUAUGGGCUUGGUUAUGACUCUGUUAGUGAUGAUUUCAAGGUUGUGACGGUUUUCCCUUUUGGUUAUGCCGAUGGUGCAAAGAAAAGUUUGGCAAUAGACUCCCCUAGUGUUGUUCAUGUGUUUAGUUCUAAGCUAAGUUCAUGGAAGAGUAUUGGGUUUUUCGAUUACUGUAUCGGGCACGAUCCCUCCGAUCGCUCGGGGAUUGCUGUGAAUGGGGCGCCGCAUUGGAUUGCAAAUCGCUUGGGUUUGGGGAUGGGUUAUGUGAUUGUUUAUUUUGAUGCUACAGAGGAGAAAUUCAAGGAAGUGCCCUCACCUUGUUGUGAAGGUGAGGAUAUGCGUGAUGAUGAGAGGGUUCAUCAUUUGGGGGUUUUGGGUGGAUGGCUUUGUAUGGUUACGUACCAUCGAACGAAUCAUGCCGAUGUUUGGGUGAUGAAGAAAUACGGCGUGAAGGAAUCUUGGACCAAGUUGUUUGUUCUACCAAAUGAACCGGGGAAGUUUAUGCCGUUGUGUUAUGCAAGCGAUGGAGAGGUUGUAAUGGUGUUGGAUUUGGAGAAGUUAGUCUCUUACGAUCUGAAAGAAUGUAGUUAUAAGACGAUUGAUAUUGCUCUAUAUGAACCAUAUCACAUGACGUUUGAUGUGGCUUUGUACGUGGAGAAUCUUUAUUCACCUCAUGAUGGGAUGGGACACCCUGAUCAGAUGUGGAAAUUGGAAAAGGAAGUGAGCAGCAACUUAAAUUUGGGUGAAUCAUCCACAUGAAGGAAUCCCAAACCAUAAUUCGUGAUCACAGCAAUGGGUGAUAACAAUCUGGUUUCAUUUCCUCACUUGGACGAUUUCUGCAAAAAGAUACGGAGUAAGAGAUUUUGGCUUGGCGGUAACUAGAAGAGUGGGAGGGGUAGAUCAUCUAGAAUAGGCUAACUUGGACAUGUGCUACUUUUGUUUUGUAACAUUUCUGCCCAUAAUUCUGGUCUGUUGGUAUCUUUGAAGUACUCUUGUAUCUUGAUGAAUUGUGCCCUUAAUGGAGUGUGUUGAAUUAUUGUCAUUUUA